UGGCCUGCCAUUCGUUCGUCUGCUCCUCGCCCGCCAGUCGAGAAAACGUUCUUCGCCAGAAUUGUACUUCUCUCGGUUAAAUUUAAAAUUAAUUUUUCUUGUCCGAGGUUCCAAUUGAAGUUUCAGCAGUUUACUAUCUGUUAUUAAUUACUCGGUAAAGAUGGAUUGUGGCAAGUCUGACGAGCAGGGGGUGGCGACAACGUCCUCCAGGAGACGAUCGGACAGGAAGAAACGUCCCCAGAACGAUGAGAACGACGAAAAUAAGCAGGUUGGCGGAGAUAAGGCAGCAAAGAAGGCAAAACUUCGACGGAAGGAAACUUCUGCCAAGUUGACGGGAUUUGAUCGUGGUCUCGCUCCAGACAGGAUCAUCGGGGCGACGGAUUCGACCGGAGAGUUGAAUUUUCUCAUGAAAUGGAAGGGGACGGAUGAAGCGGAUCUGGUUCCGGCACGAGUCGCCAACGCCAAGUGUCCCCAGGUCGUGAUCGCCUUUUAUGAAGGACAACUCUCUUGGCACAUGGCGCUGAACGAGUGAAGAUGGAAAUUUCGGAGAAAAAAUUCAGUCUGAACGUUUAAAAAUGCACUUAAAUCUCUUAAAAAUACUCUAAAAACUCUUUAAAAUACUCGCUUACAAAUCUUUAAAAUGUAAUGUUUCCCUUUUGAAAAUUAAUUGCAGUAAAUUGUUGUUAAAUAUUGUUCUGCUAA